GGUACACGGGUAGCUGCAGCAGCAUACAUCAGCUGAUCACUCUCAAGGUCGACUUCGCAGAGCAUCAUGGGGAGGACACUGAAUCCACUGGUUCUACCCGGGGACCGCUACAUCCCCAACAACUAAAACAACGCUGGUUCACCAUCACCACCAUAAUUGGAGAAUCACGCCUUUGCCCGUGAAGGCAUAGCUGUCACGAGAUGUGAUGCAAAAUAGCGAGUCACCGAUAAAUCAGAAAGGAGGUUGGUUACGCAGAGAGCACCUCGUUUUUCCUAGGUUGAUGGAAGCUGGGCUAUUGUCAAAGGGGAACGUGCGGAUUGUCGCGCAUCCACUCCACGAACCUGAGCUAUAGGAAACGAAUAACGUAGACAUUUUCAAGAGGCUGUUUUUAAAGUGCCGCAUUGGUGCCAGUGGAAUCGUUAAGGGUGAGAGAGGAAUAGCACGUCUGGUCACGACAGUUUCAGCACCAAGGACAGCGACGUAUCAGUUCCUUAUUUCUGAAGCUGCAGCUUGGAAGACUGGGCGGUUCCGCAAGCCUUUUCCACCUGAAGAUCUUUUCUCUUGUCCUCCUGUCCUGUUUGUCAACUUCUCAUCAAGAGCUGCUUUUUGUUAUUGAAUAUCGCACUGAACAUGGUGGAGGAGGAGAAAAAGCAGGUGACAGGGUACCUCCUUUUCUCCCUGGCCACUGCAGUCAUUGGCUCGCUGCAGUUUGGCUACAACACAGGGGUCAUUAAUGCACCGGAGCAGAAACUGCGGGCGUUCUUCAACAACACGUGGGUGGAGAGGUAUGGCGAGCCCAUCAAACCAGGAACGUGCACCAUUGUGUGGAGCUUUUCGGUGGCCGUCUUUAGUGUGGGCGGCAUGGUGGGCUCCUUCAGCGUCGGAGUGAUGGCAGACAGAUUUGGGAGGAAAUUGUCCAUGUUCCUGGUCAACAUCCUGGCUGUGAUUGGAGGCCUCCUCAUGGGUUUCUCCACCCUCUGCUCCUCCUACGAGAUGGUCAUCGCCGGACGCCUCGUCAUCGGCCUCUUCUGCGGCCUCUUCACCGGCCUUACACCCAUGUACGUGGGGGAGCUGUCCCCCACCCCUCUACGGGGCGCUUUCGGCACCUUGCACCAGCUGGGCGUGGUGAUUGGCAUCCUCGUGGCUCAGAUCUUUGGCUUGGAGUCUCUGCUGGGGUCGGACAAGUUGUGGCCUCUGCUGCUGGCUCUGACGGUCGUCCCGGCCGCGCUGCAGUGUAUCCUGCUGCCCUUUUGUCCCGAGAGCCCUCGCUUCCUCCUCAUCAACCAGAACAAGGAGGAGCAGGCCCGCAAAGCUCUGGUGCGUCUGCGUGGCACAGAGGACGUGAGUAAAGACAUGCAGGAGAUGAAGGAGGAGAGUUCCAAGAUGGCCAUGGAGAAGAAAGUGACCAUCCCUGAGCUGUUCCGCACCGCAGCCUAUCGGCAGCCGCUCCUCAUCGCCGUCAUGCUCCACCUCUCCCAGCAGCUCUCCGGAAUCAAUGCUGUGUUCUACUAUUCCACUGGUAUCUUUGAGUCAGCCGGUGUCACCCAACCCAUUUACGCCACUAUUGGAGCAGGAGCUGUUAACACUGUCUUUACUGUGGUAUCUCUUUUCCUGGUCGAGAGGGCGGGACGAAGGACUUUGCAUCUCGUCGGAUUGGCCGGAAUGGCCGUCAGUGCCCUGCUCAUGACUAUUGCCCUCCUGUUGAAGGGCUACUCGUCUCUGAGCUACCUGAGCAUUGGGGCAGUGUUUCUGUUCGUGGCCAUGUUUGAGAUGGGGCCUGGUCCUAUCCCAUGGUUCAUAGUGGCGGAGCUCUUCUCCCAGGGUCCGCGGCCUGCCGCCAUAGCAGUGGCCGGCUGCUGCAACUGGACCGCCAACUUCCUGGUGGGAAUCAGCUUCCCCAAACUGGAGGAGCUGUGUGGGCCUUACGUCUUCAUCAUCUUCAUGAUCUUACUGAUCUUCUUCUUCAUCUUCACCUUCGUCAAAGUUCCAGAGACCAAGGGCAAGACCUUUGACGAGAUCGCCCGUGAGUUUGGCGGGAACCCCCUGCCCCCUGCCACCUCUGUGGAAGCUCCUCCCACUAGUAUCAGCGUAACACUUCCUUCCUCGCCCAUCAAGGAGAAGGUUCCAUUGGUGGAGGCGGCAGCAGCAGAGGAUAAGUCCAACUCAACUAUACAGGAGAGCUUGUAGAUUCCUGUGUUGGGUCAAUGGUUAAAGGUCAAGGGUUGGGGGUCAGCUGGUUCAAAAACAGAUCAAAGCUUCAUUCUUGUUGUUCAGGUUACUCAUUUAGUACUGUUGUUCAGGUUAAUCAGGAAGUUCAGGUACAUGGGGACGUGUGAUUGACGUGAAGGGAAAUAUACCGUUCGUGUACAUGGAAAGCCACAACACACAUAUUUUGGUGGAUACAGUAGCUAGGAUGAAUUAGUGUUAUUUUUUCACAUUUCUUUCUGUCGUGUGUAAUAUAUUUCUCAACCUGUAGGUCAAAAUUUGUAUUUGAAUUGUGUUGCCUUCUUAUACUGAGUGCAUCAUCAUUUAAACAGCUUUUAGUAAAGCCAAAGUGGGUCUAGUCAAAACAAUCCAACCUCAAUAGUGUUUCUGGUAAACAGUAGUUUUAACAGUGAAACAGUAGAUUAGGGUCAAUUGCAUUGGUUGGUUUUCAUGGUUUAGGAAUAGCUUUUUUAAAUAACCCAAUAAUCCCAGAAUGAUCGUACUUGACAUUUAAUUUCAACAGUUGUUGAAUUUGAGAAUAAAAUAAUAUGCUUAUACCCUCCUCAACGUAAGAAUCCACUGCUAAAAAUCACAUUCAGAUGGUUGCAUAAUAAAGAGAGAGAGAGAGAAAGACAGAGGGAGAGAGAGAGAGAGAGAGAAAGAGACAGCGAGAGAGAGAAAGAGAGAGAGAGAAAGAGGGAGAGAGAGAGAGAGAGAAAGAGAGAGAGUAAGAGACAGAGAGAAA